AUGAAACCCUCAAUUCUAUUUUUGCUCAAUAUUUUUAUGGUUGUUCAAGCAUGGGAUGCAAAUUUACUGCAAAAACUCAUAAUUCAAGAAUCCGUGAAAGUUGUUGAUGUGCUAUUUUGUGAUAAUAUUCGGGAUGACAUUCUACCGUUAUUGAAAAAAUCUUCAUCAACUAUGACGUCAUCGUUUGAGUUGCAUAACAUCGACGGGAACGAUUUUGACCUUUUCUCUUUUAAUAAUUGUGAUGAUAUGACUGUCAUUGCGGAUCUUAAGUGUCCCAACAUGUCCUCAGUUUUGAAUCAGGCGUCGGAUUUAAAAUUUUUUAAUUCAUCGCGGAAAUGGAUUUUUAUAGGAGAUGAGGACUUAAACGGAUCUUUGUCGUUUAUGGAGACUCUUGAUAUCAAUGUUGACUCAAAAAUUACUUUAAUUCAAAUAAGUGAAGGAGUCUUUGAGAUUUAUAAAGUUGGCAGUCCAGCACUUAGACGUUCGGGGAUAUUAGAAGUCAAAUUGGUGGCUAUGUAUUCCAACUCGGUUUUGAAAUAUGAAAAAUCUGAAAUUGGGUUUGUGAAAAAAGAUUUGCAAGGAAUACAAUUAGUGGUGGCGAUUGCGAUCGAAAAAACACCGAAACACGCAAUUUUCCUCAACUACAUUCGAGGCAAAGGAUUUGGACAUCGUGAUGCUUUUAGUCGUCUCUCCUUCCAGUUUGUAAUGCUCCUCUCUGAAUUGUACAACUUCAAAAUUAGCGUGAGAAAAGCCAUAACUUGGGGCUAUCCCGUACCUGGCAAACCUGGAAUAUUCGAUGGCGUUGUUGGAAUGUUGCAGCGACACGAAUGUGAUUUUGGGGCAGUUGGCAUAUCGUAUCUACCCAUCAGACAUUCCAUACUCGACAGUGGCUUAUCUGUGCAAAAAUUCCGCCAAUACAUGAUUUUUCGACAUCCUCGCACGUCGACCGGCAUGAAAAAUGUCUUCUUGUCGCCGCUAUCGAACGUGGUCUGGAUGUGUCUCGCAUCCAUUCUCGUUCUGAUGGUUUUUUGUCUCUAUAUUUUUCAUUUUUACGAAAAAACGAUUGAUUCGUUGCCGUUAUCGUUGUCCAUCGUUACCGUUAUUGGGAUUUUUGCAUCGCAAGGCGUCACGAAAACUUUCAAAGGACUUCAUGCGAGAAUCGCUUUGUUAUUUUCUCUGAUCAUGUCGAUUAUUUGUUUGCAAUUUUAUUCGGCAUCAAUUGUCUCCUCGUUACUUUUGCCAACGCCACGAACAAUAACGACGAUGCGAAAUUUGGCAAUGAGUAAUUUGAAGGUCAUCAUGGAAGACAUUCCCACGUCAAAUGCUUCUUUUAGAGUUUCCAUCGAUGAAAAUGCGAUUUUCUUGUACAACACCAAAAUUAAACAAUUCGACAGACUGUUCUCGAUCGAAGAAGGUGUGACACUCGUGAAAAAGGGAAAUUAUGCAUUUUAUACGUACGUCGACUUUGCUUACGAUUUUAUGCGGAACACUUUUACUUUUGACGAAUUGGAUGAUUUGCAAGAAAUUCCUUUUUAUCCGUUAGAUCAUCGUUCUAUGUUGUACAUGGCAGUCGAGAAACAUUCUCCCUUCAAGGAACUCAUUCGUGUGGGAAACCAAAAGUUUGCUGAAACAGGCCUCCGAUCAUAUGUCACGGAAAAAUUCACAUCAAAACCACCGGUGGGCAACUUAAAAAAUCAAAUGUUCAAAAAUGCGGUCGUCGAUUUGCAUGCUUUUUCAUCAAUUUUGUACAUGUUGGUCACUGGGAUGAUUUUGAGCUUUAUGAUUCUCUUUUUCGAAGUUUUGGCAAAGAAAAUUGAAAAUUUUAAAAAUAAAUGA